AUGAAGCACCUCGGCACCAAGGCCCUGCUGGGUUCGGCGCUGUUCCAAGCCGGCCUCGCCGACUGGCAGUUCCGCUCGCGCAGCGACCUCGCCCCGCCGCGACUCAACAUCACCAUCCCCGCCACCGGGGACGUGGAGCGCGGCUACCUGUUCGUCGCCCCCUUUGCCGGGCUGCAGGACACUCCGUCGGAGCAGCACGGCCCGCGCCAGGCUGGGCCGUACAUCCUGCGCGACGACGGGGACCUCGUGUGGUCGGGCUACGCCAUCUACAGCAUCUGGUCGACCAAUUUCCAGGCGGCUCGGUGGCGCGGGCAGGACGUGCUCUUCAGCUUCGAGGGCGACCAUAACGCCGGGUACGGGCACGGGCACGGGCACAUUACGCUGAUGGAUCGCCACUACGAGACGGUGCGGGAGCUGCGCGCGGGGAACCACAAGUUGAUCUACCAGCCUGUGGCGAGGGAUUUGACUGCUUGGGGCGCGAAGCCGGAACAGCAGUGGAUUGUGAAUGCCAUUAUCCAAGAACUUGACAUUGCGACCGGAAAAGUCCUGUUCGAGUGGGCUAGUCUUGACCACGUCACCCCGGACGAAGCCAUCCUCCCCAUCAACCCCGGGCAAGCCGGCUCCGGGUACAACAGCUCCGACGCCUGGGACUACUUCCACAUCAACAGCGUCGACAAGGACGCCGACGGCAACUACCUGAUCUCGGCGCGCGACGCCUGCUCCAUCCACAAGAUCAACGGCACCGACGGAUCCAUCAUCUGGCGCCUCGCCGGCAAGAAGAGCUCGUUCCGGCUGGGCAAGGGAGUGGAUUUCUGCUUCCAGCACCACGCGCGGUGGCUGGCGCAGGAGGAGGAAGGCGCGGUCGAGGUGAUUAGCCUGUACGACAACAGCGCGCACGGGACGGAGCACGACGACGGCAACGAGGUGCGCACGGCGGCGACGAGCAGCGGCAAGGUCGUGCGCGUGGACACGCGCACGUGGGAGGCGGAGCUGGGGUCCACGCAGAUCCUGCCUAACGGCAACGCGCUGGUGAAUUGGGGCUCCGAGGGAGCCGUGACCGAGUUCUUGCCCGACGGGACGCCCGUGUUUCACGCGUACAUGGACUCGGGCGACCUGGGAGUCGGCGUACAGAAUUACCGCGCGUUUCGGUUUAAUUGGACGGGGAUCCCGUCUGAGGAGCCGGCGAUUGUCUCGCUUGCGGAGGAUGGUGGCACGACGGUGUACGUCUCGUGGAACGGGGAUACGGAGACGGACGUAUGGCGGUUCUACGAGGUCGUUGAUGGCGUGGGGUCGAGACGGUUUCUCGGGGAGAAGAAGCGCACGAGCUUCGAGACUUCAUUCAGUCUGCCGGGCAAGCGCGUGGGCGAGGUCGUUGCCGAGGCGGUGGACGAGCGUGGGCGGGUCUUGCGUGGAACGGCCGUCGCGCGGGUUGAGCCGGCGGUUUUCCCUGUGGCUGCGCCUUCUGCGGGGUUAGAUUCUGCUAGGAUCCGAAAGCCGCAGGUUAGCGGCCAGAGGCCGACGUUUGUUCUCUGGCGGUGGGCUGUGGCUGUUUUUGGUAGUUGGAAGGAGGAGGUGGACGUCGGCGGGGUGGAGCUCUGA